AUGGCAUCGGGACCUGGUGGUGAUGGUUUGCCCAGUGACAUUCCCAGAGGACUGAUCAAUAGAACAGGAAAUCCUAUUGGCAGAGGGUCGAGACUGCCAUCUGUGAGAGGCAGCCGAGACCUGACUCUUGGUGGGAUCCAGAAAAAAGUUUUCAAGCCAAAUUUGGCAGCUAUCAAGAAGGCUUCAAGCAAAGAGGAGCUGUCAAAACAGAAUGUGUCUGUGACCUCGCCAAGCAGUUCAGAUAGACAUGAAGAUAGUAAAAGUUCAAACGGGGUAAAAUUUGAGAGAGGCAGAGGUCGGGGAAGAGGAAGAGGACAGUUUGAAGACAGAACCAUACAACUGCAGUCAGAAUUUGCGUAUGGUCCUAUGGGCAAAGCAGCAACAGUAUCUGGCUGGAGCAGAGGAAGUGGAGGCAGUGGUGGUGGAGGAGGGGGCGGUGGUGGUGGUGGAGGAGGAGGUGGUGGUGGUAGCAGAGCCAAUGAUUUAGAUUCAGUGUCUAUCAAGUCAAUGAAAUAUGCAGAUGACACAGAAGAUGAUAGCAAACUGUUUGAUUCACUCAUGAGAGAUGAUUUUAUCUCAGACCUGUCAUCAGGGGAUCCAAACAUGGCCCCAAUUCGGCUUCCAUUGAACAUAAAUAGAGUUGGGCUAAAACAAGAAGUCAAGCCUGAAGUGAAAGUGAAAGAAGAAGUAAUGGAUGUUGAUGAGGUUGAUUCGAAAGUGGAAUCAAAGACUGUUCUGGGACAAAGACGUCAGUCAUUACCACCCCCUGCAAAUGUUAGAGAGAUCUUCAAUGUCUCUACAAAGUCAGAGAAAGGGGAGUUGUUGUUUAUUCAGUUUCCGGACACCCUUCCUGGGCUACCAGCUUCUGCUCUCACAGAUGACAGGCCUAAAUCUUCUACCGCCAGCACAUCAGAGAAAGAGGAUGAGCUGGUGAAGCGACUGGGUUCCUGCCAGCUGAAAGAUUGUGCUGAAGGCUACAUGGGCAAGCUCAGAGUCUACAAGUCUGGGAAAGCUGAAUUGCUCCUGGGAGACAAUGUCAUGGAGGUCUUGCCGGGCAUCCCAGUUAACUUCCAUCAGGAGCUGGUAUCCAUACAUGCUGAUGAUAAUCCAGGUCAAAUUAUUGUUUUGGGUCCAGUCAGCCAUAAACUUGUGAUCACCCCAGACUACAGUAACCUUCUCAGCUAUGUGAACAAAUUUUCCUGA